UAGCAGCUCCUCCCCACGUGUCUCUGUGGAGCCAAGCAACGACAUGGCAGCGCUCAGAUAGCCACCGUUACUCACUUCUUUAAAGCUCGAUCACCUGAAGUAUUUAAACAUAGCAAACCCAUUAACAUACGUCAAUGAAAUAAACUGAGGGGGACGGUGAAGUGUGCAGGUUGGCUCUCCGGAGGUCUCCUGCUACUCUUCUAUGACAUCUCCCCCUCCCCUCACCAUGGCCAGCGGGGAGGACGAUGACCCCGUCAUACAAGAGAUUGAUGUAUACCUGGCCAAAAGCCUUGCGGACAAGCUCUAUCUGUUCCAGUAUCCAGUACGCCCUUCCUCUAUGACCUAUGAUGAUAUCACUCAUCUGUCUGCCAAGAUCAAGCCCAAGCAGCAGAAGGUGGAGUUGGAGAUAGCCAUCAACACUCUGAGUCCUAACUACUGUCGAAGUAAAGGCGAGCAGAUCGCCCUCAAUGUGGACGGAACCACCUCAGAGGACUCCAACACCUACUCUGUGAAGAUGAUGGACAAGCAGACGUUCACAUCCAUCCAGUCCACGACCAACACCUCCAGAUACGCUGCUGCCAUCUUCAGGAAAGGUGAGCUCCACAUCACGCCGCUGCAGGGCAUCCUCCAGAUGCGACCCAGCUUCUCCUAUCUGGACAAGGCUGACUGCAAACACAGAGAGCGGGAGGCCGCUAACGAGGGGGGAGACUCCUCUCAGGACGAGGCAGAUGAAGAUGUCAAGGCCGUCACUGUGAGGUUUUCCCGUCCUGAGUCGGAGCAGGCUCGUCAGAGGCGUAUCCAGUCGUAUGACUUCCUUCAGAAGAAACAGGCAGAGGAAUCCUGGGUCCACCUGCACUACCACGGCCUCAAUGACGGGCGUUCGGACCACGAGAGGCUAUACCUGUACUGCCAGGCUAUGGGAGGUUCCGAGAACACAGAACUGGUGAAAACUCCAAAGGAGUACCUGGCAAUGCUCAUGCCUCCUGUCGCAGAGGAGAAGAUUGUGAGGCCCGUAGGUCCCAGUAACAUGCUGUCCAUGGCCCAGCUCCGGACGCUGCCGCUCGGUGACCAGAUCAAGACCCUGAUGAAGAACGUUAAGGUGAUGCCGUUUGCCAACCUGAUGGGUUUGCUGACCCCUGGGACAGACUCCACUGCAGUGCUGCGCUGCAUCCAGCAGGUGGCACUACUGGUGCAGGGCAACUGGGUGGUCAAAAGUGACGUGCUGUAUCCUAAGAACAGCUGUAGUCCCCACAGUGGUGUGCCUGCUGAGGUGCUGUGUCGAGGAAGAGACUUUGUGAUGUGGAGAUUCACUCAGGAUCGCUCGGUGAUGAGGAAGGAGAUUGCAGCCAUCAUCAAGCUCCCCCCGGAGGACGUGAAGGACUUCCUGGAACAUAUGGCGGUGCCUCGUAUCAACCGUGGCUGGGAGUUCCUGUUGCCAAGCGACGGUUCCUUCAUCAAGAAGCACCCUGACGUGGCCCAGCGGCAGCACAUGCUGUGGAUGGGGAUACAGAGCAAAUUGGAGAAGGUCUUCACCUUCUCUAAGGAUGACCUGGUAUCCAAAAAGGACCUAGAAACAGAAACUGUGCACGUGAGUGGCGAGCAGCGGCUGAAGGCUGCCCAUGAACGUGCACGGCAUAACCAGCCCUCUCUAGAGAAGGACCUGAGCGCUCGUCGACAGGGUGGAGCUGGGGCGAGUGGCGGAACUGGGGUUCGGGUCAAAGAAGAACCUGUCAGUGAAGACGAACCCAUGGACUCGUGCUCAUCCGUGCACCCUAAUGGUUUGGUUAACGGUUACCCCUCAUCCUCCGCUACCUGCCCCGCCUCAAACCCUCAUAACGGGCACGGCGGGACCCCCACUCCCUCACCGUCCCCUGAGCUGAGGGACUUUGUGUGGAACACGUUCAGGAAGCAGCACGUGCUGACGCUGAGCGAAGUCAAGAGGCUGUUCAACCUCCACCUGGCCUCCCUGCCUCCCGGACACAGCCUGUUCCACUCAAUCUCAGACCGCCUGCUACAGGAUACUAUACUGAUGAGCCAAUGCAAACAGAUACUGGUACCUUUUCCAGCCCAGAGCACGGCAGCUGCGGAUGAGCAGAAGGUGUUUGUUGUGUGGGAGACAGGAGAGACCUUCGACAAGCACCGUCAGGUCCUGUAUGAGAUCUUCAUGAAAAACUACCGGGUAAGGAGGAAUGUGAUCCAGACCAGGCUGACGCAGGAGCUGGGAGACCAGACUACCAAGGCUGACAUGGACCGCCUGCUCAAGGAGUGCUGUGUGAGCUUAGGAGGGAUGUGGUACCUCAAGGGUACCCUACAGUCCUGACAACAUUGAGGACACGCCCCUGUGGCCACCAUCACCCAACCAAACCCACUCCCCCAGAGCCUAGUGGGAGGGCUCUGUACGGGGAGGCAGGGCAGGCAGACACACGAACCAAUCGCAGCCCUCCUGCCCCCAGCUCUCAGGACCUGGAUUGGAGGACUGAGACGUCCAUCAUCUGCUCCUGUCAGAACACAAUGCUUGUUGUUAUUGCAGCUGAAUAAGUCACUUGAGCAUGGUCCAAAUGGAGGCGGCCUGGUGGACAGAAGACCUUCCAUAUUCACAAGGGCUGGAGCAGGAGCACAGAUGUGUGUAUUCGAGUGAGACAAUACUGAAAAACUAGAUUUACUAUGCUAUUAUUUCCCAAUCUGUACUUUAGUACCCUAAGAACAGCUCAUUGUGCUCUAGUCCAGAACAGGUAAACUUGAUUCAACUAAUGUGGGUGGGCUGGUUAAGGGCUGAGCACAAAUGUGCAGUCCUGGAGGUACUCGAAGAAUGGAUAAGGGAACACUGUACUAUGCCAUUGAGAACUAGACUAUAUUUUGAAUUCAUAAAGUGACGCUUUAUUUUGUUUUUGAAUUAAAUUUAUUUUACCAGACUGAGGGUGGUGUUCGUCUAAAGAGUUCAGUUUAGCCCUGUAGUUUUAUCCUUUGGGGGGGAAAAUAAACAUAUUUGAGUCCUUUUACCAUUCAGUUUAAGGCCUUAACUAGGGUAGCACAUUGCUAGUUUAAGUUGAGUUUUUUCUACUUUUGUUCCUCUUUUCUUGACUUUCAUUCAGGGAGAAGGGAGGAAUGAUAACUUUGGUUUGAUAGUCACUCCACCCUCUGUCACUGAUAAAGGCCAUACAGAGCAGGACAACACUGCAUCGUGUUGAAGGUUAUUUAACAGCUUGUGUUACACAGUUAUCAAUCAAUAGCUGGAUCAACCUAUAUAGCUACAGGCACUUUAAACUACUGUUGUGAGUGAACUAAAAGCAAGGGUUUGCUGAGGUGAAUCACAAUACAGGAGUGAAUUGAUGUUGAAGUGAUCACAAUCAUUUAAAACAAAACUGUUUUGACCUGAGCUUUUUUGUGCAAAUCCUUAACUGUUAACCCAAAGUUUUACCACAAGGUAGAGGUGAAUUUUACUUUCACAUGUUCAUUUUAUAUUUGAUACAGUUAAACUAGACAGUCAGCGUGGGUAAGGCCUGUUUCGAGUUGCAGAGAAGCACUUGGAAGUGGAACCUCAUGGAAAAUGUGAAUAAAAACGAUUGAAUGAUUGGUUUGCGGUUAUUGAAUGUCUGGGAGAUGAAUUAAUUUAAAGUUUUGUUGAAUUCAAAGGAUGCUAAUACAAUAAAAGUUAAAAUAUUGUUGGA